GGCGGGACAAUAAUGAGUCGAAGGCUACUGUUGGAAGACAAUAACAGAAGAUCUUGAACCGUGGGCAAAGGUUGGAGGAGCCUGUCAUCCCAAGUCCCUCGGCCAACAGCGCCCUUCAGCCGACACGGAAAGCAGUGGUGGCGGCUGCGGUGCGAUUCGGCUGAACCAUGGCAGAGACGGAGAGUGGCAGCAACAGCUCGGUGCAUGAGACGCGCUUUGAAGCGGCGGUGAAAGUGAUCCACAGUCUGCCCAAAAAUGGUUCUUUCCAGCCAACAAAUGAAAUGAUGCUGAAAUUCUAUAGUUUUUAUAAGCAAGCAACUCAAGGACCUUGUAACAGUCCAAGGCCAGGAUUUUGGGAUCCUAUUGGUAGAUACAAAUGGGAUGCAUGGAAUUCAUUGGGCACAAUGCCCAAAGAAGAUGCUAUGAUUGCAUAUGUUGAAGAAAUGAAAAAGAUUCUUGAAACAAUGCCGAUGACAGACAAAGUUGAGGAGCUGUUACAUGUCUUAGGCCCAUUUUAUGAAAUUGUAGAGGAUAAAAGAAGUAAAGGAUCUGAUCUAAUCACAGAUCCUCACAAAGCUGUGCCAGCUGUGAAUGGAAAAUCAGAAAGCAAUGACAGUGGAGCAGAAUCGGAGGAAGAACCACAACAGGAAGAAUUGAAAGAUGUCCAACAGAUUGAUAAAGGAUUUUCAGAAGAAGAUGUGAAACAAGAUUCAUCCCCUGAUAAGGAUUUAAAUGGCGUGGUUAUUAAUGGAAGUUGUAAUGCUGUUUCCAACGUUGAUGUGAACAAUGGCAUACAGACCAAAUCUAAAUUGAAUGGCAUCAAUGUGGAUGAUGAAAUAAAGACAAGUGAAAAGUGCCUUGAGUUACCAGUCAUCCCUAACUGGGAUUCUACUCAUCAAGGUCAAAAUGAAGAUACCAUUGAAGUGUCUGGAAUUCAACUCUUGACAAGUGAUUCAGAUAGUGAAAUAUACUGUGAUUCAAUGGAGCAGUUUGGACAAGAAGAGAUCCUGGAAAUCAGCUCAUCAGUCAAGGAAAUUUCCAGACAUCCAUUAACUUUCUCAGAAGUAGAUCAUAAUAAUCUGUUAGAAACUUCCAGUUUUCUUGAACUUGCAAAUCACAAAGCAGAAAGUAUAAAGGAAGGUGCACCGGAAGGAAAAGGCGAAGUCAAGCGUGGCGGUGAAGAUGGCAAAGCAAAUGAUAGAGGCCCUCAAAAAGAGAAGACAAAUAGUGAAAAGGUUGACCUCUAUGGAGUUCGAAGGGGAAGAGGACAUAGAAUGUACCCUGUAGGAGAUGGUGGCCAAGGUGGACAGGUGGGCAGUGGAGGAGACGGAGAACGAUGGGGUUCGGACAGAGGACCACGGAGCACCCUCAAUGAACAGAUUGCAAUUGCACUCAUACGAUUGCAAGAAGAUAUGCAAAAUGUUCUUCAGAGAUUACAUGCCCUUGAGGCACUCACAAUCUCACAGGCAACACUACAUUCAAAUAAUCAGCCUGAGGCACCUGUUAAGAAACCAUCAUGGUGGCCCUUUGAGAUUUCUCCUGGUACUUUAGCCUUUGCUAUUUUAUGGCCCUUUGUUACCCAAUGGCUGGUGUAUUUAUAUCUUCAAAGAAGAAGAAGAAAACAGAACUGAGCCAUUCCUGAUUUUACUUAAGAACUGCUUGUAUGGGAAGAUUUUGAAAAAUACUGUAGUUAUUACAGGAACUAUAAGCUCUGGAAUGAUUAAAACAUCCUUUUCUUUUUCUUUAACAUUUUUUCUUUUUCUUUUUGCACUACUGAAGAUUCUAUACUUGAAUGAGACAUUUUUCCUAUAUUUCUAAUAUAAUAAAUACAACUGUCCUACUAAGCAGUUAUAUGAACUACAAUUAUUCUUGAUGAACAGUUUGUAUAAUGUCUUAGUUUUCAGUUCCUACUGGGGGGAAAUAAGUCUUUAGAAAAGAGAAGAAAAAUCUUUGAAAGCAUGUAUCCCCAGUCCUUAAAUUCCAUGAUACUUUAACUGUACGUUUUGUUUUAUGCCAGCCUUUUGGUUAGAAAUGCAAUAUAUGGGGUAAACGGUAUAUCCCCAAAGGCCAAAAUAAACAGGAUUAUUACAAUUGCAUUUAAGAGUAAUGAGGAGUUGCUACUAUAUGUGAUAACGUUUUAAUAAAUAAAAUUGAGGCUGUUGAUUUUGCUUCCACAGAUGCCACCAAAAUUAUAUAUCUUUAAAAGCCACAAAACCAUGCAUAGCCAUACAUUUCAAUGUAAUAAUACUCAACUGAGUCUCAAAUAGCAUGAUCGAUUCAAAGUAAAGUAGUUCAUUGGAGAGAAUGCUUAAUAAAGAAUGAAAACAGUCCUGAAGAUACUAAAUUCAGUUCAACCUCAGGGCAAGUAAUACAAGUUAUGAACAUAUCUAUUGAAUAGAGGCAAGUACUGUCUUUAUUUUUUUUUAAAAAAAAUCCAAUUUAAUUAAGUCACAGCUUUUGCAUAUUAAAAAUUUGCUGUGAGAUGCUGUUCUGAAUUUGUAAAGAAAUACUUUGUAAACAGAUGCCAGUGCAAAAAGGGUGCCAGUGGAAAAAGGAUGUUAAUAGCAGUAUCUUUUCUAAAGCUAUGCAACCAACACUGCUGUUAAGUUACUCCCACCAAUUAAUUAGGACUGGGCAAUUCCUUGUACUGUAUUCAACACUGGAAGAAAUGUAUCAAAAUGAAUAAGACUAUACUUGCAGGCAGGCUCACUUUAAAAAUUUUU